AUAAGACGUUUUAUAAUAUCAUAGAAAAUCGAUCACGCAUAGGUGUCGCUGCAGUGGUUGGAGAUCAAUCACCUCCCGGCACGUGUACUCGCGGCCAUUUCCGGGCUACACGGUCUCCGGCACUUGACGUUGAACUUGACGAUCAGUCGCGAUGACGCGGAAUGUCUGCGAAAAUUUGCCGAGUCGUUGCGCGAAAUGAAGCGUAUCAGGACGUUGGCCGUAAACCGAGCGACCGUCGCGAAAUCAUCGACGGACGAAGGACACGACGUGCUACUCCGGACGUUCGCGAUACCGGAAUGCGCGUACCAAUCACUGACGUCUUUAGACUGUUCGUUAGACGGCGGUUUGUGCGUGCUGCGCGCCGGCAAACAGUUGUCCAGCUUGCGGAUUCGAAACGGCGACGUGCUGACGGCCGGCGGUUUGCGGCUGUUGUUCGAUAAUCUCGUUGGCUUGAGACGUCUGUGGAUCGACAACUGCAUCUGGCUGGACGACGACGUCAUAUCCGCGUUGCCGGUGUCGAAUCUCAAAGGGUUGGUUUCUCUAAAAAUAUUCAACGCAAAUCUGACAUACCGAUGUUUGCCAUACAUUAGACUUUUGCAUUUAAACGUCUUGACCAUCGACAAUGUGUCAUUAGGACCGUGCGUUUCAUUGAACGAUUUGUCUGAUUUCGAUUAUUGUUUAAAAACAUUUAGUUGUUUUGUUCCUGCUUUAACACAACUCGAAUUACAACUGUAUUGUAAUCAAUCGAUUUUUAAAAAGUUACGUUUCGAAACACUAUUUUACAACGAUAAAAAAAUUGCGUUUAAAUCUUACUUUAGAAUAUUGAAAAAACUGGUACUACUGUAUAGAUACACUUAACCAUAGACUUAGUUUGUAAUGUUUAUAGGUUUAUACAGUUAGGUAACUGAUCCCAUAAUUUGAUUUUUACAAGUUGAAAC